CUGCGUGUGGCAUUUCAUUGAUAUAGCCUACAGCUGGUGGCCACAGGUUCGCCACACGGAGUGAAAAGGCUAAGAAAGUGACGAGGGUAUUGAUGUAGGGGGGGGGUCUUCAAGAAGGCUCGAGAAUUUUUUUUUUUUUUUUUAAUUAUUUUAAAGAGUGUCACACCAAAGACUCACGGAAUACACAGCCAAAAUGCUCUGCCACGUUACUCGUCCGGAUUCGGUGGUGAUGGAAGUGGAAGUUGAUGCGAAGGCGAACGGUGAAGACUGCCUGAAUAAGGUUUGCCGAAAGUUGGGCAUAAUUGAGGUUGACUACUUUGGGCUGCAGUUCACAGGCGGCAAAGGAGAGAACCUGUGGCUGAAUCUGAGGAAUCGCAUAUGCCAGCAGAUGGAUAAUGUGACGCCCUGUCGUCUGAGGCUGCGGGUCAAGUUCUUUGUGGAGCCCCACCUCAUUCUGCAGGAACAGACAAGACACAUUUUCUUCAUGCAUGUCAAGGAGGAUCUCCAUAACGGUCACCUACGUAUGGGCUCAGAACAAGCAGAGGAGCUGAGCGCACUCCUGGCACAGGCCGAGUUUGGCGACUACAACCAAAACACAGCCCAGUACUGGUACUCCGAGCUGUGCGGAGAGGAGCCCAGCACUGCCAUUAUCAACAGUAUCAUAUCCAGACAUAAAGCUCUAGAAGGCUUGAGCCAGGGCUCAGUGGAGUAUCAGGCCCUGCAGCUGGUCUCCUCUCUAGAGCAUUACGGCGUGGAGUGGCACUGGGCCCGUGAUGCAAACAGUCAACGGUUGGCCAUAGGAGUCGGCCCUGAGGGCAUUGCCAUUUGCAAGGAGGACUUCAGCUUAGUCAACAGAAUAAGCUAUCCCAUCAUUCAGAUUGCCACCCAGUCGGGGAAAAGUGUGUACCUGACAGUUACCAAGGACACAAAAGACAGCGUGGUGCUUCUGUUCAAGCUGAUAAGUAACCGAGCAGCCAGUGGUCUGUACCGUGCCAUCACAGAGACCCACGCCUUCUACAGGUGUGACACAGUAACAAAUGCAGUGAUGAUGCAGUACAGUAGAGACUUUAAGGGCCACCUGGCUUCCCUGUUCCUCAAUGAAAACAUCAACCUGGGCAAGAAAUACGUUUUUGAUAUCCGGCGUACUUCCAAGGAAGUGUACGACCACGCCCGUCGCGCACUCUACAACUCCGGCGUCGUGGACCUCGUGUCCCGCUCUGGCAGCGGGGAACGCUCCUCUCCAUCACGCUCCCCAGGAACGGACAACCAGCAGGACGAGGGGCUGGACUGUGGCAGCUGCCAGCAGAGCCGAGCCCUGCAGGAAAGGCUGCAGAAGCUCAGAGAGGCUCUGUUGUGCAUGCUGUGCUGCGAAGAGGAGAUCGAUGCUGCGUUCUGCCCCUGCGGCCAUAUGGUGUGUUGCCAGACCUGCGCAAAUCAGCUUCAGUUGUGUCCUGUGUGUCGGUCAGAGGUGGAGCACGUGCAGCACAUUUACCUGCCCACCUGCACCAGCCUGCUGAACCUGACGCUGACAGACAACCGCCAACACCUGAGCAGCAUCCCACCGCCCAUCCACAGGGACAUGGCCGCUCCUCACAGCUGCUCCGCCACUGAGUACGAACAUAAGAUCUACCACACAUAAAGACAACUGCAUUAAACCCACCAAACUCCAUUAUGAACACUUUAAAGCUAUACCAGCCAGAUUUUGUUUUCAUAAAGAUGGAACAUUUCUCGUCCCUCUGUGUUUCCUGCCUGGAACGCCAAACACAUAGAAACUCUGAGCAUAAUCAAAGAUCAACACACUCAAACCACUCCCUCAAUGUGCGUGCGUGCGUGUGUGUAUAACACGUGCGUGUGUGUUAAUAUUAUUUCUCCUGUCACGUCGGACUGUCAGUUCCUCUGGUUGCUUCUUAAUGUUGUUUCAGUUUGUUGCAUAUUAUUCUCACCAAAUAUGUUUGUUUUUAAACAUCGUCCCCUGCUGCAACAGGAUUUUUAGAUUAGACUCCUAUUGUCCUUGUUAAUUAAAUUAUUGCAUCAGUUGACCUGAUACAGAAUAGAAACAUUCUUUUGUUUUGUGAAUUAUGUUUUUGAAAUUGUUGUCUUGGUUGUUUUUUCUUUGGUCCAUAUCAGGCUCCGAGCCCCAGAACCCGAACCAUAUGAUGAACUUGUGUGUUUUACAAGCGCUAAACACUGUACAUAAUGGUUGGUUGUUUUUCUUUUUCCAUUUUUAAAGUUUCCUGACAUUUUAAAUCUGUUUGAUUUGAGAACUGAAUUUUAUGGUGUAACAGUGUGAAAUGAAUUUUUUUUUUUUUUAUAUAUAUACACCUUAUUUCUUAUUUGUUCAUGUUCCAUGUUUUCCAUGCCAAGAAGGAUGUAUUUAGAGGCUAAGUAGCACUGCUGUGGAUAAUUGGACACAGCAGGUGAUACGACCGCCAUGGUCUUGUUCUUCUAAUCUCGGGGUCAAAUGGGGGUCUUGAAGGUUCUUUUGGCUCACCAGAACUGUAUCUUGCUGACACUCCCCCAACCUCUCUCACCUCAAAACGGGUCCUGAUGAUUAACUGCCACCUUGUCUAAAACCCCAAGCCUGGUCUCAUAGACUGCUGCACCUUUUUUAUGUGUUACCAUGCCAACAGAAAGGUAGAAAUUAGGAGCACUUAAAGGCUCUUCUUACUAGAUACAGAACCAUGAGUAUUUAUGUGGAAAUAGGAAUUUGUCCAGUAGCAGCCACUUCCUCUGAAAACCUCAGCUAUCUUAUUUCUUCUCUGGGUGUACUUGUGAGUUCCUUUUUGAUAUUUUUAAAGGGUACUAGGAGAUCUGCCUGUGCAAUACUUGCUUGCUUUUUGAAAAGCUUCUCAUUUUCAAGUUUUAUUUAAUUUCAAAGACUGUAUUUAAAAACAAAGCAAAACUACAUUGUCACUUUACCAUGGAAGUUUUCCAUAUGGCUAUUGGGGGUUUGGCCUUAAUGUAGCAGCAACACUGUGUUUAUUAUAAACUUUCCAUAGACUUUUUUUCUGGCAAGAAAAAGAAAACUUAGUUUCUUUUAAUGUUGACUCGAUUAAGCUCAGUCACUGCAGGGGAAGGACUUUUUUUAUUUUUCAAGUUGUACAAGUAGCAAUUUGUUUCUGUUUUCUGAAGCAAAAGCCACUAUGCUCUGUAAAAUAACUUAGAAUUGAAUCCUUUUUAUAUAAUCUGCUUUUAAAAAAAGAGCAAGUAUUAAUAAAGUUGUUUUUAA